AUGGUUCCGUUCCUCGAGAACACGGUCGCCGCCGGAUCCGUUCUCACGAUCCUCGCCAUCAGCUUCGAGCGCUACUACGCCAUCUGCCGGCCGCUUCAGGCGCAGUACACGUGCACGAAGAUGCGAACGCUGAAGAUCAUACUCGUGCAAUGGCUGCUGGCGGCUGUCGCCUGCCUGCCGUACGUCGCGAUGACCGACUACGGCGACGCGCCGUACGUCGACGGCUCGACGGUGAAGACAUGCGGUACAAACAUCGACGAAUCGUGGGAGAAGGGUUACUUCAUCUGGCUGUGGUUUCUCUUCUUCGCGCUGCCUCUCAUCGUCCUGCUGGCGCUCUACACACUCAUCAGCCGCACACUGAUGUGCGACGACGUGAUCAUCUGCAACAAGAACGAUCCGAAGUACGGCGAUAACCAGCGCGCGAGAAAGCAGGUCGUCAUGAUGCUGUUCGCAGUCGUCGUGUUGUUCUUCGUCUGCCUGCUGCCGUUCCGCGUCUUCAGUCUCUGGACGGUGUUCAGCGACACGCAGCAGGUGUACGCGCUCGGCCUGGAGACGUUCAUGAACAUCAUCUACUUCGUUCGCGUCAUGUUCUAUCUGAACAGCGCCGUCAAUCCGAUUAUCUACAACGUGAUGUCGACCAAGUUUCGCAAGGCGUUUCUGCGCGCUCUCGGCUGCCGACGCGUCGACAUGCAGCGCAGUUAUACGAAUCACACGAGCAUGUCGCACUACAGUCAGGCGACGAGUCACUACGCGAGCGGUCGCACGAGCUGCGCCUACACGCACUACAACUAUCAUCGCGGAAACAACGAGACGAGCGUCUUCUAA